UGCAACCUGACCGGCUGGUGGGAGAACGACCUGGGCUCCAGGAUGCACGUGUUUGCCGUUGACGGCCAGGGCAACUUCUCUGGCCAGUACCACACCGCCGUGUCCAGCGCCCAGAAACCCAUCGAGCCCUCGCCCCUGGUCGGCUCCCAGCACCUGGAUGAGGACGGGCAGUGCACCUUCGGCUUCACCGACAACUGGAACAAGUUUUCUGACUCCACAGCUGUCUUUGCGGGCCAGUGCUUUGCUAGAGACGGUGGGGAGGAGGUCCUGCAGACCUCCUGGCUGCUGCGGGAGAAGGUCGACUCCCUGCUCAGUGACUGGAAAGCCACCAGGACCGGCCACAACGUCUUCACUCGGGUGGGCUGA